CCCAAGACAGGCUAUACCUCGUCGUGCUGCUAGUUCUUGUUAAUUAGCUUCAAGUUUGUUCGAUCCAAAAGCUUUGCUACCUGCUGCGCUGCUACCGUUGCUCGAUCGCCCGCGUCGACGACGACCAACCGGGGCAGCAGCCAUGGACGGCCGGGACGACUUCUUCAGCGACUUCAUGGUGCUGCGGCCGGACAAGGGCGGCGUCCGGAGCCUGCUGCACCUGCUGUGCUCCUGCAAGGUCACCGACAACGACGCCGUCGACUGCCCCAUCGGCACCGAGGUCGCCGAGCGGCGGCGGAGGUGGGCCAUCUUCGUCUCCCUCGUCGUGCAGAUGCUGCUGCUGUCGGUCAAGACGCCCCUGGCGGCGCUCGGGAGGGCCGUCGAGUACUGGAUGAACCUGCUCACGGACAAUGGCGGCGGCGUCGUUGGGCUUGUCAGGAACGCCGUGCAAGGUAAAGUACGAACUCCGGACAGGACAUCUCCAAAUUACCGGUCCUUCAUCGGAUUAGUUGACACAAGAACUGAACUGGACAAGAAGAUCAAACCAGGGGAUAGCAACUACAACGCAGCUCUUGGUAUCAUGGCUGCAAAGCUAGCCUACGAGAACAAACUCGUCAUAAAAAACGUCGUGGAAAGCAAUUGGCAGAUGACCUUCUUGGAGUUCUUCAACUGCUGGAAUGAAUUCAGCGGCGACUACACCACGCAGGCGUUCAUGCUCGCGGACAAGCCCGCGGACGCGGAGCUCGCCGUGAUCGCGUUCCGCGGCACGCAGCCGUUCGACGCGGAGCAGUGGUGCACGGACGUGGACUUCUCGUGGUACGAGAUCCCCGGCGUGGGCAAGGUCCACGGCGGCUUCAUGAAGGCGCUCGGCCUGCAGAAGAACACCGGGUGGCCGUCGCAGCCCACCGCCACCGAGGCCGAGGCCGAGACGACGCGCCAGUACGCGUACUACGCCAUCCGCGAGAAGCUGCGCGCGUUCCUGGCGGCGAACCCGCGCGCGCGCUUCGUGGUGACGGGGCACAGCCUGGGCGGCGCGCUGGCCGUGCUGUUCCCGGCCGUGCUGGCGCUGCACGGGGAGGAACGCCUGCUGGAGCGCCUGGCGGGCGUGUACACGUACGGGCAGCCCCGCGUCGGGGACGCGCAGCUGGGGCGGUUCAUGGAGGCGCACCUGGACCGCCCCCGGCGGCGCUACUUCCGGUUCGUGUACUGCAACGACGUCGUGCCGCGGGUGCCCUACGACGACGCGGCGCUCCUGUUCAAGCACUUCGGGCUCUGCCUCUACUUCGACAGCAUCUACAGGCCGGCGGCGAUGGCGGAGGAGCCCAACAAGAACUUCUUCUCGCCGCUGUUCGUGGUGCCCAAGUACGCCAACGCGGCGUGGGAGCUGCUCCGGGGGUUCCUCAUCGGCCACGUCUGCGGCGCCGUGUACGCGGAGGGCUGGGUCAUGCGCGCCGCCAGGGUCGUUGGGCUCGUCAUCCCCGGCCUGCCGCCGCACUCGCCGCAGGACUACGUGAAUGCCACCAGGCUCGGCGCCGCCUCGCUGGGGCCGCUGCUCCGUGAUCAAUAGCUAGCUAGCUAGCUUAGCUAGCCCCCCGUGCGCCGUGUGAUUAGAGCUUGUGGAAGAAUUCGCGGAAAAUAGAUCGAGGACAGAAUUGACAUGUAUGUAUGCAGGGAUAAACUUCAGUUUAAUUUGUCAGAGGUAUAUACAUCAUCAAAUUUGACAUGUAUGCAAGGAUAAAUUUCAGUUUAAUUUGUCAGAGGUACAUACAUCAUCAAA